UCAGUUAUUCUGCCUUCCUCUCCGUUCUAAAACAGUUCCUAUAACCUUGACUUUACGAAUGCAACAAGAGACGUUCACCUCAGCAAAACUUAAUCUCAGUGAAACACCCGCGUUCACAGACCUAUCCCGCUGGCGAUUACGCGUUGAAGAAGGCGCCCAGACCUGGCAUUAUCUUGAAACAGACGAACAAUGUCGCGCGUGGCCUCAAACAUUUUUUGACAGAUAUCAUCUCGGCUUACCCACGAAUGCAGCACCAUUGCCACGUGGUAAAACACCACUUCAGGUUGCGCGCAAUGGUUUUGAAUUCUAUCGACAACUUCAAACUGACGAUGGUCACUGGGGAGGCGAAUAUGGCGGACCCAUGUUUUUGAUCCCUGGUUUUACUAUUGCCCACUACAUUACGGGAACGCCUGUUCCUGAUCCAAUGCGAUUGGAAUUGAUUCGAUACAUCUUGAACCGAGCACAUGCAGAGGAUGGUGGUUGGGGUAUCCACAUUGAAGGCAUCUCGACUGUCUUUGGCACAGCAUUGAAUUAUGUGGCACUCCGUAUUCUGGGUUUGGGUGCCGAUCAUCCGGCAUUGGUCAAGGCCAGAAAUACGCUUCAUAAGCUGGGUGGUGCUGCUGCUAUACCUGCUUGGGGAAAAUUCUGGCUGUGUGCUCUGGGCGUAUACGAGUGGCAUGGCAUGAAUCCAGUGCCUCCCGAACUCUGGUGCAUGCCCAAGUUCACGCCUCUUAACCCGGGUAACUGGUGGGUACAUACUCGCAUGGUGUAUCUACCCAUGGGAUAUAUAUAUGCUUUGCGAAAGUCGGCACCGUUGACCGAAUUCACAAAAUCCCUCCGCGAUGAACUUUACACCGAACCCUACGACCAUAUCAAUUGGAACAAACAACGCAACAAUGUCUCUAAAGCUGACUUGUAUACACCUCACAGCAAGUUGAUGGACUUUGCCAACGAGGUUCUCACUUAUUAUGAGUUGUUUCCGGCCAAAAUGAACUGGUUGCGUAGUUACGCUCUCAAGGAAACCAUCGAGCAGAUUAGGAUGGAAGACGAAAAUACAUCCUACUUGGAUAUUGGUCCAGUGAACAAGGUUAUGAAUUGGCUGUGUUGCUACUAUCACUACGGAAAGGACUCGCGCCAAUUCCGCGAACAUGCGAAACGCAACUUGGACUUUAUGUGGAUGGGUCCCGAAGGCAUGAUGAUGAAUGGUACCAACGGCAGUCAACUUUGGGAUUCCAGUUUCAUUAUUCAAGCAUUGGCUGAAGCACAAUUGGCCGAUGUUGAAGUAUACCGUCAGCAUAUGAUCAAAGCGCUACAAUUUAUGGAUCUUACUCAGAUCAAGCACAACAUGCCAAACUAUCAAAGAUGUUAUCGUCAAGUCUCAAAGGGUGCCUGGCCGUUCAGUACACGUGACCAAAGCUACACCGUAUCUGACUGUACUGCCGAAGGACUGAAAGGCACCAUCAUGCUGCAACAAAUUCCUGAUAUGCCACAGCUUGUCAAUACAGAACGACUCCGUGAUGCUGUCGAUGUCUUGCUCACCAUGCAAAACAAAGACGAUGGCUUUGCUAGCUACGAGGACAUCCGCGCUACUCACUUGCUUGAAUUGCUCAACCCUGCUGAAGUGUUUGGCAACAUCAUGACCGAAUACAGCUACCCUGAAUGCACCACAGCAGUGCUGACAGGCCUUGCUGCUUUCCGCAAAGUUGAUCCCGAGUAUCGUAAGGACGAGAUUGAAGAAACGACUCGGCGUUGCUUGAAAUACAUCAAAAAUGUCCAAGGCGAGGAUGGAUCUUGGUAUGGCGCUUGGGCUAUUUGCUACACAUAUGCUGCCAUGUUUGCACUUCAGAGUCUUGCCAGUAUUGGUGAGUUUUAUGAAAACAGUGGAAAUGCUCGAAGAGGCUGUGACUUUAUUGUCUCCAAGCAACAAGAAGAUGGCGGUUGGGGUGAAACAUACAAGUCCUGCGAAACGCACACUUAUUGUCAGAACCCAAAAUCUCAGGUCGUGAACACUGCUUGGGCUGUCAUGGCUCUUUUGGAUGCCAAGUACCCGGAUGAAGAGCCCAUCCGUCGUGGCGUCCAACUUAUCAUGGAACGUCAACAAGCCAACGGUGAAUGGCUUCAGGAAAAUAUUGAGGGUGUUUUUAACAAGAACUGCAUGAUUUCAUAUCCUAAUUAUAAGUUCGCCUUUAGUAUUUGGGCCCUCGGCAAGUACGCAAAGGCUUAUGGCGAUAAAACCCUUCUUCCUUAAGUUACUAGCAUAUCUCUUAAUUCGCUGUAUAGCUACCGUUACUCUUACUAAUAAUUACCUGAACUAUUCUUUCUCAUUAUGCUAUCAAAGAAAAACAUUCCUUUUGAGGUGUUGUUUAAACACGCAAAAAAUUGUACUUUUGUAAUAAUAGUCUGGCGUUGUACAUCCG